AUGUCCACAUCUUCCCUUUUCUCCCACAAGGCCGCAUCCCUGACCGUCACGCCUCAGACGGAACUGGCCGGCGAGCUCCUGGAUAUCAAAGUGGAGGGCUUAGGCCCUGGGGAGCCGAUGACCCUGCGGGCGUCGGCCGUCAUCUACCGAGGUCGCCUCUUCCACUCGCUGGCCCACUACAAGGCGGACAGCUGCGGGGGGCUGGACCUGGCCAGGGACCGGGCUCUGGGCGGCGACUUCACGGGCGUGGAGCUCAUGGAGCUCCUGUGCAGCCUCACGCCCGUGGGCUUGGAGGACCCCUGCCUCCGCCAAAUGCCAAGGGGCGUGAUGAAAAAACCCCUCAGAGUGGAGGUGACGGUCCACCGAACGUCGCGGCAGCCGGCAGUGCCGCUGGGCCCUGCGCUGGCCUCCGCCCAGGUGCAGCGCUGGUUCUCCACCCCGGAGCUUCUUCGGGCUUGUCAAGAUUUUGCUACUCUGGCUUUGCCAUUUUUUGGCUAUAAAGAUCUACCUCCAAUCAUGAAGGAUUUAGAGUUAGAUUAUAUUAUACCUUUGAGGAGGCAGCUAAAUUUGUGCAGUCACUCAAAGGUGAGUGGGAUAGCUGAGGGAAAUGGGUUACAAACUAACUCAUUAGGGCGAGAACAGAAUAAAGUGGUCAAAGGUCCAAACACUGGGGUGACUGGCUCAGGUAAAGGGGCAGAGUUGGCGUUUUCCAUGGCUAGCUUUCUCGCAAAUGGAGCUUCGGUUGUGAGCAUCAAUGGCUAUGUCUCUAACACAGCUACUGCCAUUAGAUGUGCCUAUCAGGAAAGCCAUGUUCCCCUUGAAAAAGCCAAUACCCAUUUCCUUUUUAUCAUUGGAGAGGAUGACAGGCAUUGGAAGAGCUCUGUUUAUGCUGACAUAGCUGUGAAGCACCUCACAGAGCAUGGGAAAACAAAUUUCACUUUCCUAAGCUACCCUAAUGCUAGCCAUAAAAUAGAUCCCCCUUAUAGUCCUUUUUUCUCUGUAGCCCUGGAUCCAGUAUUGCAUGUGCCCAUUUUGGGAGGUGGGCAGUUCAAAGAUCAUGCUAUUGCUCAGAUAGUCUUGGAAGAAGAUCUUGCAGUUUUUGCAUUGGCAUCUAGAGUGAAAGCUAACAAACUAGACAGUUACAUUUAG